AUGGAACAGAUUGUUACAAAAUACUUUGAGGAUCUUUUUAAGAAGUCGGAUGGUAGGGGCAUUUCAGAGAUACUACAGAAGUGGAAGGAUUGGAGAAUUGAGAAAAAAGUGUUUUCCAUCACAUUAGACAAUGCUACUAACAAUGACACAACACAAGAGAUUCUGAAAUCUCAGCUUAUGUUGCGGUAUGAUUUGUUGUGUGGAGGAGACUAUUUUCAUGUGCGAUACACAGCACAUAUCCUCAACAUCAUUGUUCAGAUUGGCCUGAAAGAUAUAGAUGAUACAUUGGAAAAGAUCAGAGAGAGUAUCAAAUAUGUUCAAGCUUCUGAAAAACGUGAGAUAUUGUUUUCAAAAUGUGUUGAAGUUGUUGGUCUACAGUUGAAAGCGGGGUUGAUUAUGGAUGUGAAAACUAGAUGGAACUCAACAUACAAGAUGCUUGAUAGGGCUCUCAAGUAUCGAGCUGCCUUUGGUAAUCUCAAAGUCAUUGAUGGGAAAAACUACAAGUUUCACCCUACAGAAGCUGAAUGGCACCGAUUGAAGCAGAUUUGUGAGUUUUUGGAGCCUUUUGAUGAAAUCACUAAUCUGAUCUCAUGUUCAACAUAUCCAACUUCAAACUUGUAUUUCAUGCAAGUUUGGAAGAUCAACAAUUGGUUGAUAUCGAAUUCACAGAAUCAAGAUGAAGUCAUCAGAAGUAUGAUUGUCCCAAUGAGAGAAAGGUUUGAUAAAUAUUGGGAAGAGGUUAGUGAUGUCUUUGCAAUGACUACAAUGUUUGAUCCAAAGUUGAAGCUAACAAUGGUAAAUUAUUGUUUUGGAAAGAACGACAAGGGUUCUGCUCAGAGCAAGAUUAAACAUUUGCAUGGUAAGCUUACUACUCUUUUUGGAUCUUAUGAGAAUAAAUCCAUUUUCACAUCAUCUUCUACAGAGACACGUGAAACUAAUCAGAAAACUGAUGAGAAUGAAGGAAAAAAAGGGAGUUUUGGCAACUAUGAUGUAAGUUCUCAGUCUCUUAUGAUAUUGGUUUUUAAGUUCUGUUUUGAGAAAUGUGUAUAG